AUGUUUCAUAUUUUGUUUAAAUCAUCAUCACCUUUAUUUUCAGCCACUGGUGUGUUCCAGCAGCAAAAUAUUACGGUACUGAUAGGCGGGAGUCAAUCGGAGUCGCACGCAUGCUCACUGUCUACAGUUACUGGCAUCCCUCUAGUUCGUCUCUAUGAAAGGCUUAUACCAUUUAAUCAGUGCGAAAAAACAGUGGAUAUGUCAGUGGACUACACCUACAUUGCGCAAGCCACGUUUGACGUUCUAACCAGCUUUCACUGGAGGAAGAUUUCAUUAGUGUUUGAUGGUAACUAAGAGUGUCUUAGGCCCGAUUUAUUUAGAGGAAAGUUGCCCUGAAUGGAAAGGUCACCACUGCACGAAAAAUUGGAUUUACACAAAUUUGCUAGGGCAAAUAAGGUGCAAAAAAGUGCAAACUAUGAGAAAAUCAAAGGCAAAGAUGGUAAAUACCGCAUUUACCUUCUAGUUUACAUAGGGUUGAAAAUUCGUGGGCCAAUGCGUACAUCUUUGCCCUUGAAUUAACCUUAGGUUAACACUUUUUUGCACCAUAUUUGCACAGGGUAAAUUUGGUGUAAAUCAAAUUUUUCGUGCAGUGCACGCUCCUACUCGAGUUACCCUGGGCGGGACAAUUUUUCAUACGUUUCCUUACAAAACCGGUGGCGAACCGAUUAAAUAAGAAACAAAACAACUGGCUUGGCUAGAAGAGUGACCCGCCUAGCCUGGUCAGCCUUUAGUGAUGGUACUAGUGGGUCACCUUCCUAGCCAGGCCAAAUUUUCCCCAUGUAAACACUAUGGCUCGCCCACCCGGGUCAAUAAGGUCAAGGUAGGACAAUCGCGCUGUUUUAGACAAUCAGAUCACGUGCAGAGCAUGCGCGAGCGCUGUUGCGGGCAAAGGGGACAAAAUUUUUGUCAUAUAAAUUAAAAGCGCGCUAAAGUUGACUCAGCUGUAAGCUAGGGUGACUCUUCUACCCAGAACGCAUUUACUCCAUAUAAACGGGACCUAAGUAUUAUCCAGAAUUAUUUUCUGACAACGCAAAUUUCUAAUAAAGUGUGAUGUAAUUGUUAAUAAGAUUAUUCCUUUGCAGCUAUAAUUAGAACUCCAUUUAUGCUAAAGCUUUUCCGCAAAAACGCCUAUUUCAUGGAUAAAGCAUUGAACGGCUUUAUUUGCACCUUAUGUAUAACACUCAUGUCUGUCACUUCGACAGAGAAUCGGUUACUUGAUGCUGGUUACUUCUACGCAACUUUCCAGAAUUCUAACUUGGCCAUGAAUUUAGUCCAGCUCGCAAACGGAAGGACAAGUGAAGAACAGAGAAAGGCAGUUUUGAAAGCCACUGAGGAAAUAACAGAAUUUGGUCCUGAAGUUGUUCUGCUUUACACCAGCAAAGAAAUAGCCCAACUACUGUUGCAACAAGUAAGAUGAAAAAAAAACUUUGUCUAUUCUCAUUCGCGUAAAAUCUUAAUCCGUCACUAGGAAACCUGUCAAACCGGUUAAACCCCCUAUUAAUAUAUAACACAUGACCUUACUUUAAGGAGAUUCCCCUCAUUUUAUUCAUGUGAUAAAGACAAAAGGAUAUGACGUCAUCGACGUUAAUUUAUUCCCCGCAAGUUAUUGAGAUAAGUUAUUGAGAUUCCCACGCAAAAUAGGGCCUCAAAAAUGUCUACUAUACUACUGCCGAAAAAAGGGGUAAAAGCUAGUUGCUAAAAAAUCAUGCGCGACUUGUCGAGGCUAAGAAUGGGUUGACGAUGUGUAAAAAGGUUUUAGGUUCCUCCGCCUAACAUACCCACCCCCCCCCCCCCCCCCCCCAACCCACAUCCACAAGGAACCUCAUACUAUUAACCUUUAUAAAAUUAAGAUGUUUACAGUAUUUAUGAUAUAUUCAAAAGAGGGCUAUAUCAUAACUCAUUUCGUAAAGUUCAGUGGUUCCCAGCUAUUUCGGUACUUAAAAUAAGAAAAGUGGAAAUAGCUUGGCGUUUUAAUCUCUAUUUUUUAAAGGUACCCUGUGAUCUGAAGAAAUAUUACAAAUGGAUACUUCAAGAAGAGGUUUGUAUUUACUGUGACAUUACAUCAAGUAUUACUUUCUGAUCAACUUUUUUCAGGACGUUACUGAGGGAGUAAGCAACUCGAAGAAAUAUCUGAAAUUCAGGCUAGUUUUUUCAAUCUUCGUCAAACAAUGAGGAUACUGCCACCAGCAAGAGCACUUCGUUUUCCACGAGUCUUCCAAAAGAUUCAACCAGUGAACGCCUCGGCACACUCCGACUAUAUCCGGCUAGGGCUCCAAACGCAACUGAAGAAGUAUGGUAGCAUUAAUAUAUAGUUGAAGAAACCUUCCAAGGGGCUUUCACCAAUCAUAACCUGCGUUGUCGCCGGAAUUGUCACUCGAGAUCCAGAAGGAGAACUCGAUAUCCCGGAUCCAAACUGUCUGCGACACAGGCUUAUUGAUUUACAUAUCUGUCGAGCCACCGAUAUGCUAUAUUUUAAUUUCUCUCCACUGGUUAAUAAGAUACCCCGUAGCGCAUUACUUACGCUAUCAGGAUAAUAAUCAGUGGCGUCAGCUUCUUUGGUCUUUCUCUCACACGGAUUACGCAACCCACGAAAAAAAAGUAUUCUGUCAUGUGGGAAACAACGUCUGAUACCUUGCUAUAGCAAAGUGUUAGUUUCUCGAUAGCAUCGGAAAGUAAUAACGAAUUGUUGUGAGCAAUUAAGGUUUUACGAUACAUAAUAAAACAAUAUAUCUGAAUACCUUUUUACUUUUUACUUAGGUAUCCUUCAAGCUAGCCAGUUUUCCAAACAAUGUCGUUCUAGCUUUUAAGCUUCCAUACAUACCUGAUGCAAUUCCAGGCAUAAAUCUCGAGAAUUUCAACGAGGUAAGCUGCAGAAACGUCGUCUGCGUAAAAGGCCAAGUGAACCUGCUUGUCCCUAUUUGUUGUACCUCAUUUAAUUACUGUAUAAAACUGCCAUAUAAUAGCUCUUUCGAUAGCGGAGCUCCUGCGCGAGAAUUAAAGCGAGUGUUGGUAGCACCAUGGGUAAUAAAAUUUGGUUACCUAUGCAUCCAAGAAAUUUUGGCUGUAACAAAAUCGUGCGCUUUGGGUAUUAACCCAUUCGCCCCUGAACCGCCCGUAAAAGCCCGUGCGGAUCCACGUCCUUUCUACCCUUUGUGACGUUAUCAGUUUUAACGGUCAAAGACAAUUUUGUCCGCUAACUUGUGCAGAGUGAAGAGAUCUUUCAAACCAUACCAGAAUGAGUACAAUUCAGUCAAGGACAGCGGAGAAAGAAGCAAAAAACCAUGUAACAUUGACCUGAAAAUCUCCAUGAAAAUCUUGGUCCAUUGCUCACCUACCUUUCCUUUCACCUAAUCCUAAAAGCUUUGCUAAAACCUAUUCCCACCAAAAUGAAGCCUACUAAAUCCCAGCAAGAGAAAAAAAUGAGGCACGAAAAGCGAAAAAAGAGGGGAGGAGAGAAAGCGAAAAGUAAAAGUCAAGACUGCUGUGUCUCGAAAUUUUGGUUUCUGCGCAUGCCCGAACUUCGCAAGCUGAUAUUUUGCAUCUGGAUCAAAAGGCCGUGAAGUGUACGACCUGUAAACCGGUUUGUGGUACGUUUUAGCUCUUUAUAGCACGACAGUGACUAGAAAACCACUCGAAUAGCUUCAAAACGCGUUUUUCGGCAAAAUCUCCAGGAGCGAAUGGGUUAAUGUGAUGCAGUAUAACUGUUAUUUAAGUUGGUGGCACAAGAAAGCAAUAAUAUUAAAAAUGAAUGCACGAUUACCGUUAGUAGAAAUAUAGCGAGUAAUUGAGCAGUUAUUAACAUUUUGAAAUGGAAAAUAUCCUUCUGUAGGAUCUUACCGCUGUUCAGGCAUAUGAUGCGGUCCAGGUCAUUUAUCAAGCACUAAACAAAGCGCCGUGUUUAUCGCUAAACAAGUCUAGUAACAAUCAAAGGGAUAAAGAUCUCAUAUUUAACUGCAUGACAAAGGUACUGACUUCAUAUACCUUGAUUAGUUUUGCAGUUCUUAAAAAUAAGUCCAUGGCUCAUUCUCAAUUUUCACUCCUUGAGUAGCUUAAUCUUCCUCGUCAAGGAUCGACUUAAUUUUCAACUUUACUGGAGGACCCAUUUAACCAAUGUUCAGGUAGCCUAAAAGUGAGGAUAAGUGACGUUAAUCUGGGGGAAAAAAAAACUUUAGAACCUAGAAUAUGCCACCUUGUAAAAUCCGUUUAAAGCUGCAUGGUUAAAGCUGGUUUAAACAUCUGAAUUUUUUUUUCCUGCCAUGAAAAAGGCCGCUCAUGUCCUUACUGGAAGAUCAUUCCUUCUAGUCAAUAGGAAACCUGGCAAUCCGGCCUAUAAUCGAUUGAUUAAUUGAUUGACUGAUAGACUGAUUGAUUAAUUGAUUUAUUGAUUGACUGAUUGAUUGAUUGGUAGGUUGAUUGAUUGAUUGAUUGAUUGAUUGAUUGAUUGAUUGAUUGAUUGAUUGAUUGAGUGAGUGAGUGAGUGGUUGAGUGAGUGAGUGAUUGAUUUAUUGAUUGAUUGAUUGAUCGAGCGAUCGAUGGAUUGAACGAUCGACGGACUAAUUGCUAGGUUCAUUGUUUGUUUAGUUGAUUGAAAUAAAGUUUCCUAUUUUGACUUUAGGAGCAAUUUGUCACCGAAAAUUUGUACGGCAUCUGCGUCGGAGAAGUCGUGUUCAGUUCCAGAAAAUAAUGUUCCGCCAAGCACUCUCGUCCGAGAGAUGCCCACUUACUUUUCCAUGUAAAUUUAACCAUACCCUUUGUUUUUCUUCUUUGUUAAAGGUUGAUAUCUCGGGCAUAACUGGUCCUGUCCAGUUUGAUGAAAACGGAAUUCGAAUAGUCUCGCGACUGGAAAUCCUUAAUCUCCGCAACGACUCCUUUAAAAGGGUAAGUAGUAUGAAGGGUAUGAAUAAUCCUAUUUUGUUCAGUGCAUUUCUUAUUCAGACUGAGUUUUUUGAAAACGAAAGACAAUCUCUCGACUGGAUAUCGACAACAAAAAAUAUUCGCAAAGACUCCUAAGCGAGUGGGUAAUGUAAAGGGAUCUAAAUCAUCCCGUUUUGCUCGGCGCCUUUACUUCUUUUAAUUCUAAGACUGAGUUUUUAUUAAUAUUGACUUUGUUGAUGUGUCGAUGAUCAAACUUAAUUCGUAAAGGAACAUCUUUACCUUGUUACUUCUCUGAUUACCUAUUGACAUCGAAAACUGAAUCUUGCCGCACAUUUUCACGCGGAGGCUAAUACCUUUCCAGUACACCAAUAAAGCUAGUACAAACAUGUCCUGUGUCUUAAGUUUUUAUAGAUAUUUCAAUAUAUGAUUUUUAAGGCAAUCAAUAGUUAAGCUAUAAGUGAAAGAAAACUAAAAGCUAGUGGUUCGUUAUUUGAUUCUUUUUUAGAUAGGUUCUUGGAAUACAACUGAGGGUUUGAUGUUCUUUGAUAAAAUGUCAGCUAAUGCAGAGGAGAAUUCAUCUUCAAAUGGGAAUAGACUAGAACGCAGGACGUUCCGGAUUGUCACGGUUGAGGUAAAAACGAUUACAAGAAUAUUUAAGACCUCGAAUUGUUUCCUAACAACUUUUCUCUUCGAGGUUGCUUAAAUGCUUCGAAUAUGGUAAGCUCUUCUUUUUACAUCGUCAUCGCUAUUAUGAGGCUUUGCACUUGAUCUUCUAAUUCCCAUUUAUGUGAUCUCUCAUCAUCAUUUUUAAGCAAUCGUUAUUUGUUAUAACUACUUAGAUCAACAAAAUAAAAAAUACGAAAGAACCAAUUUAUUUUAAACUUGUAUUAUCAUUAAGCAGAGGCGUUUUCGAGCGACGCACGCGCGUCAACUGGAAGUGAGACCAUUUCCCUUUUAACAUUCCUCGACGCUACCGAAUUUGUAUAGCUAUAAAGUGUCUUUGCUCUUGCAGAGACGAUUUCUAGAAAAUUUGGGUAAAACCACUGCCCAAAGAAUGCAAACAAUUUGACUUCCGGUUGACCUGCUUCGCUCAGAAACGCUUUGGUUAAACUCCCUAAUCGUGAGCUUAGGACGUUUUUUAGCGACGCAUGUCAACCGGAAGUGGUCUUGUUUUUCAUUUUUUGACUACGGUUUUGCACAAAGUUGUGGAAAAAUCGUCUCUAUAACAGUAAAGACACUUAGAAACUCAAGUUUGGUAACGUCAAGGAGUUUUGAAGUGAAAAAGAUCGCACUUCCGAUUGGUGUGCGUUGCUCAAAACGCAUUUGCUUAAGCUUUCUCUUGACGCAUACCAUUUACUCUCCUUGAAGCUUGACCAAAUCCGAGUUGAUAACUGAUAUAUGUUGAUAUAUGCUGAUAAUUGUCCUGUUUUUAUUUUUACAAGGAGCCUCCCUUUGUGAUGGCAAAGAAGAACAAGGAUGGUACCUUUCAAUUUGAAGGAUACUGUGUGGAUCUGAUUAACGAACUGGCAAAAAUCUUCAAGUUCAAGUACGAGUUCUACUACUCCCCGGACGGCAAAUAUGGCGCCAGAAUGGAAAAUGGGACAUGGGAUGGGAUGGUCCGUGAGAUUUUGGAUGGGGUCUGUAUGGAUUAGAUCAUAUUUAACUCACAAUUAAUAUUAGCAUGACUUAAGGAUCCUUAGUGUUAUGUUUUUUAAAAAUGAGGAUGCUAGGAGUGGCCACCAGUAUGACCAUUGCUUUUCUGCGUUACAGUAUUUUUACUCGGGGGAGGGGGGGGUGCAACCAUAACUCAAUAGUACACGCUGAGACGUUAACCUUUUGUUUUAUAACGUACAUUUUAUGGCAAACGUUAGAAUUUGGUAACCGAUAGUAAGAAAAUGAGGUUUGUUGUUUUUUUGUGCGCUCUUCGGCGUUUGGCGUGUGUUAAUAAUUCCUGGCAAAGUUUUUCCCGCCUCGAGUAACGGUAACACCUUUUUCGCGUUCUCUCCAAACUUCGCACAUGCUUCAUAUCUCGACAUACGCAGGCAGACUCAUGAACAAAAUGCUAAUUAAUCAUUCAUUUUUAUCUAUAGAACGCAGACAUGGCAUCAGCAGCUAUAGCUAUAACGGAAGGACGUGAAAAAGUGAUGGAUUUUAGCGUUCCGUUCAUGUACUACACAGAGGAUUUGAUCAUGAAGAAGCCUUCGUCUGGAAACAAACCAAUAGACUUGUUACAAUUUAUGACUCCGUUUGAAAAUCUGGUUUGGUUUUGUACUCUAGCCACCUUAGUGAUCACCUCUGUCGCCGUAUUUGUACUAAACUAUUACAGUCCCUAUGGAUACAAAAAUGAAAAUGAUGAAGGCACUUCGGACGAAUUCAGUUUUUUCAACAGUGUGUGGUUUGCAUUAGCUUGUAUGCUGCAGCAAGGUGGUGAUAACACACCAAGAAGUUUGUCAGGUAGAAUUUAAAAAUCUACUUCUGCAAUUAAUGCGUCAAAUUUUCAGCUUUUCAAUCCCUUUUUAGAGGCAAAUAUACUUUUUAAUCGACUCAGUUUUGAAGAAAAAUGAAUGUCGGCAUGGUCGAAGCGUCAGAAAGGUCCCGUCUAUGUGGAGAAAAUCUGUCCUGGUAAAGAAGGUCACCCUCCCAGCCGACUCAGCUUUAACGAGCCUUAUAUGAGGAAAAUGUUAACUCUCCCCCCCCCCCCCCUCCGGCCACUUAUUCCCGCGUCAACAGUACUUGCACAUGCUUUGAUUGUCUCGCCUAACUGACUGUGUUUUUAUAGGGAAGAGUUGGACCGGCUUGAGGGUGACCCUACCGUCGAAACAGGGUGACCCGUCCUUUUAGGCGUGCCAACUUUUGUUUUUUGUGUAAACGAUUCACCUAGGAAAUGUAGGAAAAGUUGGCUCGCUCGGGGUUACCUCGGAUUGGCGAGUGAACCGUCUACUUGGGACAACUUUUCUCCAUGUAUAAAAGGGACAAAAUUGUCACUGUCAGUUCUAAGAAGUAGUUACCUUAGUCGGCUUUCUCAGAAUUUUAGCGUACAAAUUUUAUGUCCCCAGAGACUCCUCUGGUCACUUCACCCUGACUAAUAAGCCUUAGGAUACUAGGUCCGGAGGGACUCUGCAUAUGAAAGGGGUGGGGAUGCUCGUCGUCUCGCUUGGGGAUGUAAAUUUCGGAUUUUGGUCUCACUUACGGUGUUCUGGGCAAAACGCCAUCAUAUUUAGCCGUGAAGGUCUCGUUUAGGGUUGCACGCGUAAAAAAUAUAUCUAUUGUCUGUGUUUUAACAUGGUCUCUUUUAGGGGUCAAAAAAAGCUUGGGCCACGCAUAGAUCGGUCUCCUUUGGGAGUUUAAUUCAAAAUUUCCGACGAGCAUCCCUACCCCUUUCAUAUGCGAAGUCCCCUCCCCGGGAUACUAGGUAAGAUAAUUGCCUACUUUCAGACAUUUCAAUUACUUUUCGUUUUAUUUUUGAUUCAUUUCAUUUUCCGUCUUUCUGCAGGUCGUAUUCUUACCGGAUGUUACUGGUUUUGCAUCCUUGUCUGGGUCUCAACAUAUACCGCCAACCUAGCGGCUUUUCUUACUGUCAAAAAUGCAGCUCACCCAAUUAAAAGCCUGGAAGACAUUGCGCAAACUUCCCACCACGUUGGUGUAAUCGCAUCUACUAGUACACAGCAGUCGUUCGCGACCACCCAAUAUGAACCGCACUUAAAGAUUUGGCAGCGAAUGAAAGCAGAGCAAACAUUCGUCCAGAACACUUCUGAUGGAAUCCAACAAGUGAGAGAAAGAUCAAGCUUUGUGUUUAUCAAUGACGGGCCUAUUCUUGAGUAUAUUGCCAACCACCGUCCAUGCGACCUAAUGACAGGUAUGUAAAGACCCGGUGGAUCAAGAUGGUUUGCAUGACAGGAAAAGCCUUGCCCAUUGGUUACUAACCAGGACAAAAUUGCUUACUUCGUGACGGUCAUCUUUUUUCCCGAACGCAUUCUGAAAGCUUUUUAAUCAUUACUUAUUCAAUAACCAGAAAUAGUUCAAAAUCAAAAAUCCGCAGAAUUGUCGUGCCUUUACCCAUACACAAAAUGAUUCUUGGUGAUAUUUGCAGGGUAUGCAGGCAUACCGUAUUUAUUCGAUUAUCCGCCCUUGAACCUUGAGGGUUGGCGCUUAUUCCAUGCUGGGCAUCGAAUAAGCGAUGGCCGGUCUCUCUGCUGCCUGGUCUCAAGUGUCUGUCAUAUCAUAAGUUUAAGAAAGAAUGGAAGUCCUGCCUUCUAACCAACCAAAUCUGACCUUGCUUAUAUGUUCUAUCACUGAUAUUAUUUGAGAUUUUAUUCCUCUCUUUACUGCUGCCAAUUAUUUCAACAUGACGGUGUCCAACGAGAAAGCUCUUGCUACUUUGGACACCGUACACAAAUGAACUUAAUGUCUUUUAGUUAAUUAUUAUUUGUCAGCUACUUUAUUUUCCUACCUACGUACACUUUUGUAAAUAUCUUAUAUAGUGUGAAUAAAGAAUUGAAUUGAAUUGAAUUGAAUUGGGCGUUUAUUAAAUUUUCACCAUUUUCAGCAAGUGUAGUAUGUUUAUUUUGUAACCAAACGAUGAAUGCUGAAAACAAAACGCGAAGAAGUAACAAAGCAAGAUUUCUGUAAAAUACUCUGAAGAAAACUCCGUCCUCAAUUUCAGUCUCAAUCUCAUUGUCACUCAAGUGGUGGGGUGGGGAUGGGCGCUCAUUUGGAUUUAAUUGGGAGGAGGAAGGGGUGUGGUUUGUGGGUGGGAGUAAGCACGUAUUAAUUUUUUCUGCCUUUAGGAUGGGCGCUUAUUCGAGGUGGGCGCUUAUUCGAAUAAAUAAGGUAGUAUUAUAACUCAGUGAAAAAGUUGGGCCAAUUUUUUCAAGUUUCAAUCCUUUUCCAUCCUUGCCAUUGAAAUUAAAUUGAUGAAAAGACACUCAGUUUAGCUUUUUAAAAAGAUAGCCAAUAGGGUUGAAAUAGCCCCUUUAAACGGGUAUGAAAUGCUCCUUUCACAAGCCGAAAAAAAACCUCGGCUAACCGGGUUAAUCCUCUCUCAAUAAAGACAAUGAAAUUUUACAAAGGAAGUAGAGGUGGAGCAAGAUCGUCGUCAACCGAUACAGCCAGUCCAGCCGGGCAAAAAGUUAAUCAGGGAUUUUUUUUUGCCCUUUAUUUGAAGAGUGGUAUCUCCUGACUGCUUUCCAAAACUCAUACCUGCCUGCCAGACCAAGGCCUUGAUACUCUUUUUUUUUCUCUUGAAAAUGAAAUAAGUUUUUAACAAGAGUUUUUGAUGAAAAAUCAUCUCUUUCGUGCAUACUAGCUAUUCAGGAUUUGACUUACCUGGCUGGAUAGUUUUGAUUAAAGGUGAAAUUCUCAUUACGACGGGAAUGGUCUACCCGGCCGACAAUAAUGGAAAGCGCCCUUAGUUAUAUGCUCAAACAGUCAUUAUUGCUUGAUCCUAAUUAUAUGGUUGAGAGAAUUUCCAGAACAAUAUGACAAAUCAGUUUCAUUUUCCAUCCAGUUCCAGGUCUCAGUAGAGCCAAGGGACUGGCGCUCGGUUUUCAAGCUUAUGAUCCACAUACUAUGGAUUUUACUCUGGCCAUUUUGCGUCUUCAUGAAAAUGACUUCCUUGAUAAUUUGAAGCGAAAGUGGUGGGACAAAGCCAAUGAAUGUCCCAAAGAACAGGAAACAAGUGAGUUACACAAGAAAUUGCAUAAAUUUGUUUAUUCACGAAACCCUUAA